UGAAGCCCUUUCCUGAACCAGCUGAGGAGCCUUAGGCCUCUUGGAGCCUGUGACAUGGAAGCUUUGGAAGUGGAUGAUAUCAGCCCAGCCUUGGAAGUUACUGAGGAUUUCUUUAGUACUUUUGAUACUAAGCUAGAAAAGGCUGUGCAGCAAGCUGAGGUUUAUGGGAUUCAGGAAGUCCCUGAAUUGGUGGGGCACGAGGUCCUCACUAACAUAACAGACAAUGGUGCUAUCAGAAAUGUUGCCUCCCUGGGCAAGGGGGGCCUGAUUUGGGACCACUGUAAGAGCAGGCUCUUAGAAACCAAAGCUCAAAAUGUCUUCCCUGCCAAAGAACAGUUUAUGGUUCAGAAGGGGACAGCCCCAGAUAAUCUUUCGUGGAUGGAACAAAAGGAAGCAUCGACCUUUAAUUUUUUCAACAUCUGUCCGCGUCGGAGGGACAGGCCUCGCUCUGUCAAUGACUUAUUAGAUGAGACCUCUACUUUCAAGCCAGGCCAUGCUCGGUCAAGGUCAGAUAUUACCCAUGUGGACUGGAGGCUAGUCCUCCAAACCAUGCCUCUGCAGCAGCAACCGUGUCUUCGGGGCCCUCAUUUCACCAGGCCAGCUUUUCUGUCAUCCUCACCAAAUAAGGUCGAAGAUGCUCAAGGGAAUACUGAACACAAGCAGGCAUUCCCAAACAUUCUGAAGAAGGGGUACCUGGAGAUUAGGAAGGACCAUGACAGUUACUGGCAAAGCUGUUACGCAGAACUCUCCCCCUACAACUUCUACUUCUACAGCCUUGACAGCAGUGGCAAUCAAGCCCUCUAUGCCACCUACCAGCUUUCACACUUUCAGAGCAUAUCUGUUUUGGGCAACCUCGAGGCCAGGCUGGUGGAUACCGUUCUGUAUGACAACACUCAGCUGCAGUUAAAGGCAGAGUCACCAUGGGAGGCUUUGGACUGGGGGCAGAAGCUUUGGGAAGUCGUGCACGCCGCUGUGCCUGGUUAUGUGGGGCGGCAAGAUGAGCUGGCCAACUCACCAGGGCUUGGUCAUCACGUUGACUGUACACUGAAUCACUGUUUACAGAAGAAAUCCAGUGAGCUGUUCGCACCAUCCCCUGUCUUGGAUAGUCCCAGACAGUACCAAAACAUCAUCAAAUCAGGGACGCUGUACAGGCUCACCAUCCAGAACAACUGGAAGGCAUUUACUUUUGUGCUUAGCAGGGCCUACCUUAUGGCUUUCCAGCCUGGCAAGCUAGACGAGGAUCCCCUGCUAAGCUACAAUGUGGACGUGUGUCUGGCUGUCCAGGUGGACAACCUGGACGACUGUGACUCUUGCUUUCAAGUCAUUUUCCCCCAAGAUGUCCUCCGCCUCCGCGCUGAGACCCGGCAGAGGGCCGAGGAGUGGAUGGAGGCUCUGAAAACAGCAGCCAAUGUGGUGAGGAGUUCAGAGCAAAACCUGCAAGUCACCCUGAGGAGCAAACCCAAGGAUCAGAUGGGUGGGCACGAACUCAGGAAGAACAAACGUCAGUCUGUGACCACCAGCUUCCUCAGCAUUCUCACAACUUUGUCUUUGGAGCGAGGACUGACUGCUCAGAGUUUCAAAUGUGCAGGAUGCCAGCGAUCCAUAGGCCUUUCCAGUGGGAAAGCCAAGGUGUGCAAUUACAGUGGGUGGUAUUACUGCAGCAGCUGCCAUGUAGACGACAGUUUCCUCAUCCCCGCACGCAUAGUCCACAACUGGGAUACUUCGAAAUACAAGGUAUCUAAGCAGGCCAAAGAGUUUCUGGAGUACGUGUACGAAGAGCCCCUGAUCGACAUCCAGCAGGAGAACCCCAUGCUGUACCGCCACGCCGAGCCCCUGGCCACCGUGGUGCGGCUGCGGCAGCGGCUGAAGUCUCUGCGCGCCUACCUGUUCAGCUGCCGGGCGGCUGUGGCCGAGGACCUGCGCCGCAGAAUUUUCCCCAGAGAAUACCUCCUUCAACAGAUCCACCUAUAUUCCCUCGCUGAUCUGCAGCAGGUGAUAGAGGGGAAGCUGGCUCCAUUCUUGGGCAAGGUCAUUAAAUUUGCCACCUCACACGUGUACAGCUGCAGUCUUUGUAGCCAGAAGGGGUUCAUCUGUGAAAUCUGUAACAAUGGAGAGAUCCUCUACCCUUUUGAGGAUAUUUCAACAAGCAGGUGUGAAAGCUGUGGAGCCGUUUUCCAUUCUGAGUGCAAAGAGAAGUCCGUCCCCUGCCCAAGGUGUGUCCGCAGGGAGCUGCAGAAGAAGCAGAAAUCUUUCUGGCGGAGGCUGAACAUGGACGAGAGCCUGGAGGAGGCUUGCAACAUGUUCGAGCUGUCCUAUCAGAACACCUGAGUCAGCAGGGGCCUGAGGCCAGGGAUUGACCUCUGGCUGAUGCAGCAGCCGGCAGCUUCCCAGCUAGCCCGUUCGAUCCCUUUGGAAGAAAAGGAUGUCUCAUCUUCAACUAGACAUAGAUGUAGAUUUACAUACAUAUCCACACUUCCCAAUACGUCCUUAUGUAUGUUCUGUGUAAAUCGCUGUCCAAAAGGUCCAGGAAGCCUCUGUGGCUCAAAAAACUACCAACAGAGGCUUCAAAAAAAAAAAAAAAAAACCAC